CGAUUGGACAAAGCGGCAACCGGGUGGAGAAGGGGCAGCGAGUUAGGCUGCGUAGUACAUAAGGCGCUGCUGCGUGAUCCAUUGACGUGUUUGGAGCUGGAGACGGCCUGGGUGCUGGGGUAUCCGCGGUGAGAGGCUUCGCUUAGUGGCUGGAACCAUCAGACCUCGGGGGGGACCCGAACCCCUCCAGUGAUCGGGUCAGUCGAUGGGGAUGAACGUGCUCCUUGAUAUUCCGGUCCCUUCCCGUUUCAAAGCAAAGCAGGAGCCGAGAAGAAAGCAGCUGUUUGGGGGGGAGUGAGACCAGCGAAUAAUAACCUGAGAGCUGCCUGGCUGCAGUAAGAAGAUUAGGAUGCCUAUUGUUACGAAGAGACUUAGAGACCCUGACAUAAAUCCUUGUUUGUCGGAAUCAGAUGCUUCUACUAGAUGUAUGGAUGAAAAUAAUUAUGACAAGGAUAUGUGUAGCACUAGCUUCUUGAAGUACAAAAACUGCAGGAAAUUUUGGAAUGCCAUUAUGCUAGAAAGACGACGAAAUGGAGUUAAACCACCUAUGCCCACAGCUGCAGAAAGAGAGAAAAUUUUGGGAGCAAUGGAAAAGAUGCCCUAUUAAAGGCUUAUAUACAAUAA